AAAAAUGAUCUUAAUCCAGCAUUCCUGAGUAUUAAGAAUGGGUCCAGAUGUACCUCUGCUGAAUGAUUACAAACAGGAGUUCUUCUUGAAGCGCUUUCCACAAACUGUGCUGGGAGGUCCCCGGUUUAAAUUAGGCUAUUGUGCCCCUCCUUACAUAUAUGUGAAUCAGAUUAUUCUUUUCCUGACGCCAUGGGUUUUGGGAGGAGUAGGAACACUUUUGUACCAGUUAGGAGUUAUGAAAGACUACUACACCGCAGCACUCUCGGGAGGACUGAUGUUUGUUACUGCACUUAUUCUUCAGAUGACAAAUAUAUAUGCAAAACAGAAAACAGUGACAGUAGAAAGAAUGCAAAUUCAGAACACCCUAACAGAUGAAGAUGAGUUUGAAUUUUCCAGCUGCGUAGGUUCAGAGACAGUAAAAUUUAUUAUUCCUGGCAAGAAGUAUAUAAUCAACACUGUAUUUCAUUCCCUUCUGGCAGGGGCAUUGUGUGGGCUGGGAACUUGGUAUUUGCUGCCAAACAGAAUAACCUUGCUGUAUAGCAACAUUGGAGGGACUAUUAUGAUCUUUGUGUUUGGGUGGGUCACUGUAUGUAUAGGAGAAUAUUCGUUAAUCAUAAAUACAGCUACCGAAACAGCUACUUUCCAAGCACUGGAUACUUAUGAAAUAACUGCUCUGAUGAGACCUUUCUACAUUUUUAUCUUUAUUGCAGUGGAUCUUGCACACAGGUUUGCUGUCAACACACCCAUUCUAGAACAGACAAACCAGAUUUUGCACAUCAUAUUUCUUUUUCUGCCAUUCUUGUGGGCACUGGGAAUUCUGCCCCCGCUUGACGCGCUUUUUCUGUGGGGAAUGGAACAACUGUUGGAGUUUGGACUAGGAGGUUCACCCAUGUCAAGUAACACAAAGUUGUUAGUAAUGUUUCUCAUUUCUGCUGGAACAGCAAUAGCGUCGUAUUUCAUUCGCAGCACUCUCGGUGUGAUCCUCUUCAUGACUGGAUUUGGGUUCAUACUGAGUCUUAACCUAAGCGAGAUCGGUUUUGCCUUCAAACACACCAUGGUCAGCCAUUUAGCCUCCAGCAAACCUAAAACUAUGCACAGUGGCCUUAGGAUGCAAUUUGGGUGGAGGGAAUUUAUUUUUUAUUUGACUGUAUUGACGUUUGCUCUCACAGAAGCUAGCCUGCUGCAUCAGUUUGCAGGCUUUUCAUCAUUUUCCAAAGGCAGCCCUCAGGCUAUAGCAAGUUACAUUCUGAUCCUAUUACUUAUAAUUGUGUGGAUUCUUAGAGAGAUUCAGAGAGUGUACUUGUUUGGAGUCUUCCGAAACCCCUUUUAUCCAAAGGAUGUCAGGACUGUGACUGUGUUCAUGGAGAAGCAAAGAAGGCUAAUGAAAGUUGGUGUUGUCAGAAGGAUUUUACUAACACUAGUGUCUCCGUUUGCUAUGAUAGCGUUCCUGUCACUAGACCGUUCACUACAAAGUCUUCAUUCUGUGUCUGUUUGCAUUGGAUUCACAAGAAUAUUUAGGAUGGUCUGGCAGAAUACAGAAAAUGCCCUGCUGGAUAUAGUGGUUGUGUCAAUAGCACAAAUGUUGGUGUUUAAUCCUGACCUCUGGUGGAACAGGAGCCUUGAUACAGGAAUCAGACUCUUGCUGGUUGGCAUCCUACGGGACCGACUGCUGCAGUUUGUCUCCAAGCUGCACUUUGCCAUCGCUGUUCUUUUGACAUCGUGGACGGAGAAAAAACAACGGCGAAAAUCUACCGCCACCUUAAUCACACUCAACGUGGUGUUCUUCCCCAUCCUGCUGACCUUCAUCGCCGUCUCGGCGCUGCUUUCCUCCCCCUUGCUGCCGCUCUUCACGCUGCCGGUGUUCCUGAUCGGGUUCCCCAGGCCCAUCCGGAGCUGGCCCGGCCCCGUGGGUGCUGCUGCGUGUGUCUGCUCCGAUACCGUGUACUACCAGCAGAUGGUCCCAAGCCUGGCUGGGGCUCUGCAGUCUGCGCUGGCAGCCGGCAGCCUGGGUCUCUCUCUGCCUGGAUCACAUUACUUGUGCCGUUUUCAGGAUAGACUGAUGUGGAUAUUAGUGCUAGAAAAAGGCUUCACUUACUGUGGUGUUAACAUUAAGGGGCUAGAAUUGCAGGAAACAUCCUGUCAUGCUGCUGAAGCUCACAGAGUGGAUGAAAUCUUUGAAAUGGCUUUUGAGCACCAGGAGCACACAGAGAUUGUCUCUCUUAAUCACCAUUUUGGACACAUUUUGACUCCUUGUACUGUUCUACCUGUGCGGCUCUAUUCCGAUGCCAGAAAUGUGUUAUCUGGAAUAAUUGACUCUCAUGAGAAUUUAAAGCAUCUGAAAGAUGACUUCAUUAAAGUGCUUGUAUGGAUGCUCGUCCAGUAUUGUUAUAAAAAAUCAAAAACAUGGGAAAGCCCAGGCAGUGCUGACAAGAACAAAAAAGGAUUAUUUCCAGAAAAUCAGCAUAGUGGUGCAGUGGAAAGAUCCAGGCCUCCAAGGGAAGAAGACAGCUUUAGUGUUAAUACAAUUGAGGACUGGACUGAUGACAGUGACAUUUUUGAUCUUGAACCCAGUAGCAGAAUGAAAGACAGAAGAGAACCCGGACAGUUGGGAACUACACCACAAGUACAUCUGUCUAUUCCAGGAUCUGUAGAAACACAAAGCCAAGAUGUCCCACAAGAAAUGUCACCAGAAGAUAAAUUAUACAGGACUGUUGUCCUUGGACUUCCUGCUGUAGACAAAGGGAGACAGCAAGAAGUUUCACCUCAGGUUGAAUUUAGUUGCUCUUACUCAGAGCUAUUGAGCAUCCCUGAAGAAUGGAGAACAGCCCCUGUGCCUUCUUCCAAAGUCAAGGAAAUGAGGCAGAGGUUUCCAGAAGAAUGGUACCACUUCAUUUUGAGCCAACUGGACUUCUUUCAUCUGAAAGAAAAGCCUUCUAAUUUACUUGAAGACCUUAUGAAAGAUAAAGCUUUGAAAGACUUGUACAUCCAUGGAGUGUUGUCCUGUUGUUUUGGCCUGUUUGGGCUGGACAACACGGUGCCUGCCCCCAGCCACGUGUUCAGAGCCUACACUGGUGGCAUUCCAUGGUCUGCUGGUUUGGACUGGCUCACUGGCAAACCAGAGCUGUUCCAACUUGCAUUGAAAGCAUUCAGAUACACUUUUAAACUGAUGGUUGACAAAGCAAGCCUGGGUCCAGUUGAGAACUUCACAGAGCUGGUUAACUAUCUGGAAGAGUAUGAAAACGACUGGUACAUUGGACUGGUAUCAGAUCUUGAGUGGCAGCAAGCAGUUCUUCAGGAAAAGCCAUACCUUUUCUCACUGGGCCAUGACCCAAACAUGGGAAUUUACACUGGGCGAGUCCUCACUCUUCAGGAGUUGUUGGUACAAGUGGGAAAACUGAAUGAUGAAGCUAUCCGAGGUCAGUGGGCAAAUCUGUCCUGGGAGCUGCUGUACGUGACCAACGACGACGAGGAGCGGUACAGCAUCCAGGCACACCCCGUCCUGCUGCGCAACCUGGCCGUGCAAGCUGCAGACCCUCCUCUGGGCUACCCCGUGUAUUCCUCUGAGCUCCUGCAUCUGCCUUUGUUCUAG